AUGCUGUGCAGCGUAACCUACGAUAAGAGAGCAAUCAUCGUUAAUGGCCACCGUAGAAUCCUUCUCUCCGGCUCCAUUCAUUACCCAAGAAGCACCCCUGAGAUGUGGGAAGAUCUUAUAAAGAAGGCUAAAGAUGGAGGCUUGGAUGUUAUUGACACUUAUGUUUUCUGGAAUGGUCAUGAACCUUCUCCUGGGAAUUACAAUUUCAAAGAUCGAUACGAUUUGGUACGAUUCAUUAAGACGGUACAAGAAGUGGGGCUUUAUGUUCAUCUCAGAAUCGGUCCUUACUAUGUACCUGGGAUUAGCUUCAGAACAGAUAAUGGACCUUUCAAGGCUGCGAUGCAAGGUUUCACUCAGAAGAUUGUUCAGAUGAUGAAAGACCAUAGAUUCUUUGCGUCACAAGGUGGACCCAUCAUCUUAUCUCAGAUUGAGAAUGAGUUUGGACCAGAGCUUAAAGGGCUUGGACCUGCUGGUCACUCAUACGUUAAUUGGGCCGCAAAAAUGGCGGUUGGAUUAAACACUGGAGUCCCAUGGGUGAUGUGCAAGGAAGAUGAUGCACCUGAUCCUAUCUACCAUGGAGGAACAAACUUUGGAAGAACAGCAGGAGGUCCAUUUAUCACCACUAGUUAUGACUAUGAUGCUCCCAUUGAUGAAUACGGGUUGGUUCAAGAGCCCAAGUACAGCCAUCUUAAGCAGCUUCACCAAGCAAUUAAGCAAUGUGAAUCUGCUUUAGUUUCCUCUGAUCCAACCAUUACUAAACUAGGAAACUACGAGAAGGCUCAUGUGUUCUCUGCUGAGGAACAAUCACAGCUCUUGGAUUGUUGGAUCAGUGUGGAUAUUAAGUCAUCGGAAUCGUUCUUGCGUGGAGGGAAAUGGCCAACUCUUACGGUGGAUUCUGCAGGGCAUGCUGUUCAUGUGUUUGUUAAUGGACAUUUCUAUGAAAGCAGCUGUUUCAUCGCUCUGAACGACGCAGGAUCCGCCUUUGGGACAAGGGAAAGCAGAAGGUUUUCGUUUAGCUCACCGGUCAAUCUUCGCGGCGGAGCUAACAGAAUAGCGCUACUGAGCAUAGCAGUUGGUUUGCCAAACGUUGGACCACAUUUUGAGACGUGGGCCACCGGAAUUGUCGGUUCAGUCGCGGUUCAUGGUCUUGAUGAGGGUAAUAAAGACUUGAGCCGCCAGAAAUGGACAUAUCAGGUUGGUCUGCGAGGUGAAGCAUUGAACUUGAUCUCUCCUACAGAAGCUUCAUCUGUUGAUUGGAUCAAAGGCUCAUUAGCUAAGCAAAACAAACAACCAUUGACAUGGUACAAGGCCUAUUUCGACGCGCCUAGAGGGAAGGAGCCAUUAGCUUUGGAUCUAAAGAGUAUGGGGAAAGGGCAAGCUUGGAUAAACGGACAAAGCCUAGGGAGAUACUGGAUGGCUUUUGCUAAAGGAAACUGUGGGGAUUGUAACUACGCAGGAACAUACAGGCAAGCCAAAUGUCAAUCCGGUUGCGGCAAAGCGACACAAAGAUGGUAA